AUGAACAUCGACAGUGAUGACCUCCCGCUCAUUCAAAGUCGCAAGCGGCAGGACCCCAAUGUACACCUGCCACCUUGCACCAAGAAGAAUGUCAAGAAGCAAAGAAGGACCAUCGAAAUUGAGACGGCUGGACAUACUGAGGCAGAGCCGCCAAUUCAUGGCCCCGGCACAGCGCUUGGUUCGGCUGCAGACCACUGGCUAAAAAGUCUAGCCUUCAGCAAGUACGCUCCCCCAGCUCCUACUCAAGGAGAAAAAGCGAACAGCGACUAUGCGCCUAACCCGGGACACUUCGAAAACGGGAACUAUACGUCUAGCUCCGGACUCCUCGAGAACAACAACUACACUCUUAGCCAAGCACCUGUGGCCAUGAGAGGCAACGACUACGCCCCCAGCCCGACGCCGUUCAAAGGAACCAUGAAUGACAUUCUCGACCACGAUACCAGCAAGCCGAUGCUUGCGUACCUGCCCAGGAAUGUUUCCCCGGAGGUGUUGCGCUCUAUUGCCCAGUACCAUCAGGACCUUGCGGACGACCUCCGCAUGGAAGCCAAGAGGCUUGAGAAGGAGAUGCGACAGGAGCGCGAGCGUGAGCCGGGCGUGAAUAAGGUAUACCCCAUGGCGGCCUUGAAAGGAGGCAAUGGCUUUGACAUCUGGAAGGCGUUAUGA